GUCGCUUCGAGAACUAGGUUAGAUUAGAACGCGCUUUUUUGGAGGAAAAACCACUAUUUUUCUACUCUGACCAUGAAUCGUGUCAUUUUAGUGAAAGCAUUUUAUUUUGGCGUUUCUACAGUCGGUCUUUGGGUCAUAUUAGUUGUGAUUUAUCUGUUGAAUCGUCAGGAAAUCUCCUCGAACGUAACGCUUAUCCUUGGGACAAGCGACAAGUUGUUGAUAUCUAAUCCAGACAUCUACAACAUAGAACUGGACGUAGACAUCAAGUCCGAGGUUACUCUUCACGGGUUGAAUAGACACUCUUGGGAAAAGUUUUGCCAGAGCAGCCUCGAACAAAUCUGCAAUUAUCCAAUUUUUCCAAAGGCUCCGGAUGCAAGAGAGUACAUUCCAAAUGUCAACAUAAUCUCAGAGCGUGGAAGACUCGAUCGAGUCAUUAGAUUGCUGGGUUACAUUCGACCGAAUGCCUUUGGAGAACAUCAAUUUUUGUUAACUUCAAAUGGCUUGGCAGAGGUUUGGCUAAGUCCUAAUGCCAACUGGACAGGCGCUCAAAGAAUUGCUUACAUCCGGUCCCAAAGUUCGCCAUUGAAGAAGAUGUCCUUUGAGGGUAUAAAGUCUCAGAUUUCGGAUAGCGUGAAAUUAGCCGCCAAACGAAGAUACUAUUUUGAACUCAUUUACAUUCAGUCGCAGAGUAAUGCAACGAGAAGCAAACAUUUAAUUCAGGUCGCUUGGAAAAGACCAGAUAGUCGUAGAUUUGAGAUCAUCGAUAACAAGUUUUUCUUGCUGUAUACAAAGGACAUGGAUAAGGCGAAAUUGAAAAUUCUCGACGAUGAGUUACCAAAAGCUCCCACUUGUGCGCAGUCUCGGACGACAUUUGCGAACAUGCACUUGAGGCCUGAAGCACUGCCUUACUUAGAGAAAACUGCCGUGGACGAGGCGCUUCCUAUCUGUGAUUAUAAACCCAGUUAUCUUCUUGAUCCGGCUAAUUUACCCCGCGACUUUAAACAUUAUCGCGGUGUGCGCAGGUAUGUUCAAAAAACUUACACGUACCCAUUUCAAAGCUUGAACGGAGUGAUCAAAUCGAAAACUGCGAAUAAAGCUUUCAUAGCUGGAUACCCUUUGAAUGAAAAGGAGGCAUUGACUGUGGUGACAAAUUACUUCAACGCUUUGAAGAGGAUCUACCCUAGGACAUACGAACUCUUGUCAGUCAGGCGCGUCGAAAAGAAAGGAGAUCCGCUAAAAGGAGACAGAUAUCUCCUUGAGCUUGUGGUCAAAUAUCUUCCAAAUGGCGCCAACUACAUCUUGGCAGAAUAUGUAUUCCAGCCAAAGGAUCUAUCGGGACCUUUGUGUUAUCCAAGCGGCCUGCAGUGGGAUAGGACAGCGGAUGUUUACUUAAUUCUCACUGCAAAGAACCUGGGUCGAUGGGUUCACCAUUUCAUCAAGAACGUGGAGCAAAUCGUAAAGGAAACAAAAGAUGAACAUUUACACGUGGUUAUAUUUGACUUCGGUAGCCCAGAUAUUGAUUUGGAACAGGCUUUGAGAAAAAGUUCUCUGAUAAACUAUCACUUAAUUGUGCAACCUGGGAACUAUUCGCGGACUCUUUCUUUUGGUAGAGCUGUGCAAUCGAUAAAGGACCCAAACGCCAUUAUUGUAACCAUUGACAUGCAUCUGGAUCUUGGGAGUCAACUUAUCAAUGAAAUUCGCAAGCAUUGUAUCAAAGGGAAAAUGUUGCACGCUCCUCAGAUAGUCUAUCUUUACUGUGACGGAACCAGUGCUGUUCCCAGAGGGCGAUGGUACCACUACAGCUAUGGAACUGUGGCAGUGUACAAGGAAGACUGGGACAAAUUUGGAGGAUUCUCCAAGGAUUUUGAGACAAAGGUUACAUGGGGAGGCGAGGACUGGGAUCUAAUUGACGGCGCAGUCAAGAGUGGCUUGGAAAUAGAGCGCACACGCUGUCCAAAGAUUUACCAUUAUUACCACAGUAAGACAGGAAUGUGGGUAAAAACUGAAAAGCCUAAAUUAGCCAAGGGGGCAAAACCAACUCCAAAGACGGCACAAAUAACGCCAAAAGCGGCAAAACCGGUGCCAAAAGUAGCAAAACAGAUGCCAAAAGCGGCAAAAGCUUUGCCAAAAACGGCAAAACCGAUGCCAAAAACGGCAAAACCGAUGCCAAAAGCGGCAAAACCGAUGCCAAAAGCAGCAAAACCGAUGCCAAAAGCGGCAAAUCCGAUGCCAAAAGCGGCAAAACCUGAGCCAAAAAUGGCAAAACCGAUACCAAUGACAGCAAAACUAACCAGGAAAAGGGCAUUGUCCAUGUUUAAAGGUCAUAUUUAAGGCCAGCGAGGUAUUCAAUUUACUAUUUUGGGACACGAAGACGUGGUCUACGAGUGUGGUACUCACAAGUUUUUAAAUCUCAUUUAAAACAUUCCGUCUGAAUAUCCCAACGUGGCUUCAUGAGGGCGAUAUGCGACAAUCCUUAAUGGCUCUUCGUCGUGAACAAUGAAGCAAGAGAAAUAAUUUUGUUUUGAAGAAGAUCAUAGCUUGUAAGCUUUAGCGGCACCCCUCCUUUCUCUCAACUAAUUUCUACCCUCCUUUCAGAAUUUUAAUCGCCAUAUCAUAGGCGUAGUGAUAGAGAAGUUGAAUACUUAAUGAUUGUAAAGAUUUACCUAGAUUGCACACAACUUUCUUCUACUUCUUAGGAGCAAAUAAGCGAAUGGGCGCGCGACCCUUGAGAGAUUUUCUAUCUCCUGUCCAAAAAGUUCAACAUUAUGGUAAAAUCAUGAUCAAAUGUCAUCCCAUAUGUUCUUUUAUGAGAGGUCUUAUUACACUUCCUGCCACAAUAAUAUGAGUUACGUUACUUACUCCUAUACCCGUCAUAUUCGUUUUCGUCCCGUUAUACUAUGAAGCAAUGUUUAAACAUGCAAACGUUAAAUGCAUAAAUUGACUUGUAUUUAAUGAAUUGUGAAGCAAAUGUUUUAUUUACGGCAUGGAGCCGCGCUAUGGUAGCUAUUAUGGACUGAAUUCACUAGUAAUUCACCUGACUGUCUGCCUUACAAUUCUUGUGAUCUUAUUUCAGAGAAUUUGGUAAUGGAUCAAAUAAUUAACGAUCUCCUAUUUAUAUUUUUCUUUAUUCUUAUCAAUUGUCUGCUUGAAAUUGUAUUGUUAAUCCUAAACUAUUUAAUACAGUAAAAUAUUUUGAUCGGUUGUGGAAAAUUGUUACCACCAGCACUUGCAAGUCAUUGCCAAUUGUUUGUAGGCAAGUACUUCAGUCUAUUGUUGUUUCAAGUUGUUGUAAUUUUUUCAUAUAUAUUGUU